AUGAAUAACGUAAAUGUGACUCUGUUGAUAGAUUAGAAAUUAGACGAACUCAGAAAGCAUGAGUCUUUCAAGAUGGAAAAAGAGAGGUCUAUCGGAGUAAUCAAUAAAAAUGAUUAGUCAGGCAUUGAAGAUAAGAAGCAGACCAUUUUGGAGUCUAUAUUCAAGAAAAGAUCGCAGAAGAUUUUCGAAUAAAUGUGCUUUAAAAAACGCAUUAAGGCACCACUUCUACCAAUUGGAAUAUUAAAUUUCACCUGGCAUACUGUUCAUGAGAUAAUAGAAAAGUAGAAUUUGAAUAUAAAUGUUCCAGAGACCUUUUAUUACCUUGACGGAGAAUGCUACUUUAUGAGAACAAAUGCUUUUGGAAUUGUUGAGAAACGUAAAAUCAAUCCAUAGCUUGAUUCUAGAAUUUUAGUAGAGUAGCUAUAUUAAACAACCUAAAAAAUGCAAAAAUAAAAAGUAUCCAUUUCAGGUUGCCUCUUUCCUAUAAUGAUUGCUAAAAUCACAGAUGUAUUUGAAAAUGAUGUUAGCCUCUAGUUUUUCCUUGGUUCUUGUCUUGAUAAAUAAUAGAGUGAGCUUGGUAAAAGCACAUUUAUAAUGUAACGCUACAUAGUCUCAAAGGGUCUAGGCUGCAAUGUCAUUCGUGUAAAUUUAACUAAAGAAAAAGGAGUUAGUUUGAAGAAUGCUAAAUUACAAUAUUAUCGCAUUGGUAGCAAUCACAGAUAUGAUGGAGAGGAUCUUAAAGAUAAGGAUUAGGGUAUGAAUGUGAAGCGAAUCUAAGAAAUGAUUAAAAAUGGAAGAUCAAUGAAAUUUAUCAAGAGAUUUGUUUUGGAGUAGAAUCAGUAGAGUGGAACAGACAGAAAGGCCAUAGAUCUCUUUUUGAAUUAAAAAUUUACUUACUCUUAGGAGGAUCCUAACUAAGAACCAUUACUUGUUAAAGAUGAUAUUUACUAAUUCAUGAAUGUAAUGUAACAGGAACAAGUAAUGACUCUAGCUAAGGCAAUAAGUAGAUUACUAAAAAAACAAAGACUUGAGCUCAAUCUACUCUCUAUGGACUUUAUUUAAGAUGAAAAUGAUUAGUAAUUUUAUCUUGUCCAAAUUAAAUAUGUCGAAACUAGUGCUCUUGCUGAAACUUAAUUAAAUUUGAGUAGAUAAAGUUCAGAUAAGGUAAUAAACUACAUCGAAGAAAAUAAAAUCAUGAAGCAUGAUUUAUGCGAAGGAGAUUAUUGCUAAUUAGAGGAUGAUUAUUUUGUAAAUUAGCUACCAAAAGAACAUAAGGAUUUCAUCUAUCUUUUUAGGAUUCAUUUUAGAAAGAUCAUUGAUCUAGAUCGGAAGAUUAGAAAUAUUUAAGAAGAUCAAAGAGAAUCAGAGCUGAAUAAGACAAUAUUUGAGACAUCAGGCAAAGAAUAAACUUCAUAAUACAAAGUAAAAACUAGACAUAUUAAUAUAUAUACUAGGAAUAAAUAGUUUGUUUUAACUGCUACAGUGUGUACAGUUUUGUUAAGAAGUAUUUUCUAUAAGGAAGAGGAAAGUACAAAUAUUUACCAAAGCCACCUCCUCAGCUUAAUGUUCCACGCAUUUACAAAAUUAAUUCAAUUUUUGAAGAAUUUAAAAAGCAAGAAGAGAAGGAUUGAAGGCGUGACUGAGGCUAAGAGCGAUUUGCUGACACCUGCAGCUAAAAAGAAAAUAGAAUUGAGAGGUUCAAUGCUUGGGAAAAAUAUAAAUGUUCGUGCUUUGAUCAGGAAAAGUAGUCCUGAAAAAUAAACUCCACCAAUUAAUGAUGAUAGCAGAGAGAUAUCAGCUAAAAUGGUUGCUGAUCUGGAUAUUAAGGUGCAAGGAUUCAUUGCUAAAUCUCGAAAUGCUUCAUUAGUUGGAAGUCAUACUCAUAAUCAAUCUUUAUCCUCAGUCAUUUUUCAACAUAGCGAGAAAUCUUCAAAAAGAAUGGAAAAUGAGAGCAAUAAAAAACCUAAAUUAUGUUUGAUAAGACUUAAUCAGUCAUGCGAGGGAUUAAGAGAAUUAACUAAAAUUAACAUUAAAAACGAGAUUUAAAAGCAGUUAUCCAGAAAUAUCAACAUGAUUCCUCCAAUUGGCAAAAAAUACUUCUCAAAACCUUAGUCACUGAAUUAAACCCUAGAAUCAAAACCGAAUGAUUAAAAAAUUAAAAACAACUCCACCUUAUAAACUGAGCGAAGUGAUGAUUUGAAAGGAUCCCUAAAAGAAAUUGAUUCUCCUAAUAAAGGCUCAAGUUUUGAUGUUUAAACAGAGCAGUUUUCAAAUUUUUACGAAUUAAGGCCAUAAAUUACCAUGCAAACUAUUUUAAGCUAAAAUAGUCACCUAAACAGAAUGGCUACGAAUAAUUCAAAUUAAAAAACUUUUAUUGACAAUAAUGGAAAGUAUAAAGAAGCCAAAAUCAAAUUUUAAACUUAGCACAAUGAGGUAGCUCAUUCAACUAUUUAAAAAUUCAAUCAAGACUAAAGAUUUAAUUUAUUAACUAAUAGUCCAGAAAGAUCUUAACUAAUAAAUGUUAAGAUUGGUCUGAGAGAUUCAAAAGAUUAAGCCCUAAAGCAGCAAUUACUAAAUUAUGCGAAUUUAUCCCCAGAUAAAAGAAAUGAGACUCUGAAGAAAAUAUAUUAAAAAAAUUUGAGGAAUAUUUGGGGUGAAUAAUUAAAGGAGUAAAAAUUACUGAUAAAUAUUCAAAAACAGUCAAGAAACUUACUAAUGCAUUCAAAAAGCGUUCCAAACCCUGAUUGA